AUGGAUUCAUCUGUAGACCCUUGCACCAACUUUUAUGACUUUGCUUGUGGAAAUUUCCUAAAAAACACGGUCGUGAAGGCCUACAAAUUAAAAGAAACUCCAAUUCAAUAUAUCCAAACUAUCGUAGCCUCCCAAUUAAAGUCUAUAAUCGAAGAGCCGCUGCCUCCAAACCUUUCAAGACCGUAUCAGCUGCUAAAGGACGUGUGCAACCUUUGUUACCAUAACGAUACAGAAAAGGAUGGUCUAAAAACUAUUAUGGAACUGAUUGGGAAAUUGGGAAGAUGGCCUUUACUAGAAGGCACCGCGUGGGACAGUAAUACUUUCGAUUGGACCGAAAUGUUGAUCAAAUUAAGCAAAGUAGGGCUUCCGUAUUCAUACUUAUUUGAUAUGAGAGUAGAAGCUAUGAAUAAUUCUCACUAUUGUAUAUUUAUGACGAUUGACAACAUCAAGUUUGCAAUAAAGUUAAAAGAGCGGUUACACGACAUAGUUAUGUUGUUUAAUCUGGAUUUAGUCGCAUCACAAAGAGACAUCGACAGUGUAUUUGAAUUUAAAACUUUAUUACAAUCGAUAGUUAAAGAUCCUAACGGCAAUGAAGAAGUAAAAACUACUGUUACAGGAUUAGAACAUAUUAUUAAAGGUAUAAAUUGGUUGGACCUAAUGAAAUCCAUACUUAAUCGACAGCAAGGGAUUCAACACUUAACGAUUAUUACGCAGUAUAAAUUAUUACGAAUUGUUUCGCUAAUCAACACGGCACCAAAGAGAGCACAAGCUAAUUAUGUAUUCUUUGAAACAAUACUAUGGAUGUUUCACUAUGCUGAAGACAAUCUAAGGUAUAUCGGAGAAAGAAUAUCAGCUUCUUCUGUUUCGCGUGGGCCGCGUUGGUAUCAAUGUAUUGAGGACGUAUAUACAAGUAUCGAUUUACCAUUAUACUCCUUAUAUGUUAAAAAGCAUUUGGAGAACAAAACUAAAGAAGAAGUAGAAAAACUGGUGACAAAUAUACGUACUACACUUUUAAAUCAAAUUCAGGCGUCCAAAUGGGUAGACGAAUCCACUAAAAUCAAAGCUCUUGAGAAAGCAAACGCCAUGCGAUCAUACGUAGGAUAUCCCUCUGAAUUGGGAGAUUCGACAGCAUUAGAAAAAUAUUACGAAAAGCUAAGCAUCGACACCACUAGCUACCUAAAAUCAAUUAUGAAAAUUAAUGUGUUUAAUACACGUAAACAAUUUGACGCUCUUUUCAACUCUGCCAGUACGACUAUAUGGCAGUUCCAUAAGAAAAUAACAGACGUAAAUGCGUACUAUAAACUAAACGAAAAUACAAUAGAUAUUACUGCUGCAAUUCUGCAAAAAUUAUUUUUCGGCAACAAUAGGCCUUCGUACAUGAAUUACGGACAAAUCGGUAUGAUAAUUGGACAUGAAAUGAUGCACGCAUUCGAUGAUAUGGGUAGGACGUUUGAUCAAAACGGGAAUAUAGUAAACUGGUGGACGGAAAAGUCGAAGAAUAUUUUUGAGGAGAAAUCGAAAUGCCUUGUCGAACAAUACCAGAAUUAUACUUUUCCAAAGUUGACCAAAAAGUUGGAUGGAUGGCUUACACUCGGUGAAAACAUAGCAGAUAAUAUUGGCUUGGAGAUAUCUCACUUAUCUUAUAAACGAUUGGAAACCGAGAAUGGUUCUCAAAGUGGGCUUCCAGGAUUAAAUUACACUCAAAGUCAAUUAUUUUGGAUUUCUUUCGCACAGUUAUGGUGUGAAAAAUUACAAAAAGAUUACUAUGGUAAUUUAUUGGAUACGCAUUCACCUGGGAGGUAUCGCGUCAUUGGAUCCGUGUCUAACCUUAAAGAAUUUGCCCAAGAUUUUAACUGCCCAUUAAAUUCGCCAAUGAAUCCGUCAAAAAAAUGUCAAUUUUGGUGA